ACCAAACGAGGGUCCAAUUUGCAGAAGUAGAGGCCGCGUCCAGUACACUCCAGUGGGGUAGAUCUCAGCCGUUGAAUCGAUAUGUGAUGCGCGGUCCAUUCAUCAACCCACGUCAUCGCCCAAUCCGCAGCCGCCGCCGCCUCGCCGGCGCUUCCCUCGCCGGAGAGGAUGGGCGCCGCCGCGAAGCCCCCACCCUUCGUCUGCUUCAAGUGGCCAUGGGGCCCCGACCCCAAGGCAACGAGCCCUAGCCCUAGCCCGAGCCCCUGCGGCGACCUCGAGAUGCCCUGGCUGCUCAAGUCCAUCCGCACCGUGGCGCAGGGCCUCCUCAUCGCCGGCGACCUCCCCUCCCCCUCGUCGGACGGGGGAGGAGGCGGCGGUGGGGCGAGGACGAGGUGGAGGAGGAGGAGGCGGCUGGGCCCUGGGCUGGCGGCGGAGGCGGACCGCGGGGAGGCGGAGCAGCGGGCGCUCGCGGCAGCGCUGGCGAGCGGGAGGGACGCGACCGUGCUGGAGUUCUACUCGCCCCGGUGCCGCCUGUGCUCGUCGCUGCAGGGGCUCGUGCGCGAGCUCGAGGACGGCGCAGGCGGGCGGGCCGGCUUCGUGCUCGCCGACGCCGAGGACGACCGGUGGCUCCCCGAGCUUCUGCAUUACGACAUCAGAUAUGUCCCGUGCUUUGUGCUUCUUGACAAGAAUGGACGAGCCUUAGCAAAGACUGGCGUACCGACUAGCAGGCAGCACGUCAUCGCUGGCCUUCAUCACCUUCUUAACAUGAAUCAGAUAUCUGUGCAAGAAGGAACGAAGAGCACGGCAUGAUGAAGUUCCUUACUUCCUUGAGCAAGUCAUGUAAUUGUUGAUAAGAGUGUCAGAAUUCAGAUAGUGCAUGGUUACCAAGCAUGACGAUCAACAAUGCUGAAAAAAUCUUAUUUCUUUUCCAGUUAGGCAUAUAUUAUCUGUUUUCUGUCUAUAUUCUUGAACCGAAUGAUGUGUUCUGAAAAAUUCAGAAUAUGAGAGCUUUUGGUUUAGAUACUGCUUCUGAAAUUUGUGUACAGCUGUUGAUGUUUUGGGAGAAAUGGAUAUAAUUCAUGAAAGAAACCAUGUAUUACCUUUU